AUGUUGUGGUCACACUGUUAAAAAGAGCUUCAAAUCGAGCGGCUUUUAUUUUUACAUGUAAAAGAAAAUUUUGUAACUUUAUAAUAGUAAUAUCAAAAAUGUCAACGGCUCAAGCAACAAAGAAUUGCAUUACACUAAAGGGCUCAGCGCAGAUUAUUGUCGAGUACCUAAAGUAUGGCAUCAAUUCAAUACUGUUUCAACGUGGCAUUUAUCCAGCUGAAAAUUUUGACAACACACAACAAUAUGGCUUAACCAUUCUCAUGUCCAAGGACCCCAAAAUCGUGAGCUUUCUGCAAAAUGUUUUAACACAAACCGAAGAAUGGUUGGCGAAGAAUAUGAUUAAUAAGAUAUCAAUGGUCAUUACCAAUGCACACACCAAAGAAGUGCUCGAGUGUUGGGACUUUAAAAUGCAAGCCGAAGCAGGCGAUGGCGUUGAAGCUGGCGAUCCCACCAAGCAAACUUCAUCCAAACAAUUGAGUCGCAUACAAAACGAGAUUCGUGAUGUGAUGCGCCAGAUAUCGGCCACAGUCAGCUAUUUGCCACUUCUUGAUUGCAUUUGCACCUUCGAUGUGAUGAUUCAUACACUACAAAACACCGAGAUUCCGGCACAAUGGAACGAAACUGGAGCUGUCUUCAUUCAGAAUGCUCAGGCCGUGCAGUUGCGUUCGUUCUCAACGGGAUUGCAAAAGGUGGACACUGUGGUCAACUAUAAGAUGAGCUCCUAAGUUAUAUUCAUAGUAUUUAUUCUGUAUUUACAUAAGUUAAAGUUGCGAACUUGAAUUUGAAAAGCCCAAAUUGGGGCGAGUUAAUUAUUAAAUUAGUAUUAAAAUGA